GAUGAUGAUGAUGAUGAUAAUAAAUGCCAGUUACUGUGCCAGUUCUUCUCUCAGUCGUCGUUUGAAUCAUUUGAAUAUUAACAAGCAUGCGUGAAUCAGCUUGGAAACGUACAAAAAAAUAUUUUCGAAGAAUGCGGGCCAACAAGGCAGGAGGAUGGAUUGCACUUUUGUUGCUUUUACUGCUUGAUAAAAACGUUGAAGCUUCAACAAUUGAUGACACAAUUGAUUAUCGUUUACCAAAUAAAACUAUUCCAAUAUCAUAUGACAUUAAAUUAAUACCUCAUAUUAUUGAAAAUAAUUUUACAUACAAUGGUAAUAUUACAAUUGACAUUAAAGUAAUAAAUGAAACAUCAAGUAUAAUAUUACAUGCACAUGAAGGACUAAAAAUCAUUGAAACAUCAACUUAUUUAAUAUAUUCAAAUGGUACAAUAAUAAAACCAAAAUGUCAUGAACGUAUUAAUACAACUGAUUUUUUAAAAAUUUAUUUUGAUAAUAAAAUACAGCCUGGUUUUUAUAAAUUAAAAUUUUCAUUCAUUGGAAAUAUAAGCAAAGAGCCAAUUGGAAUUUAUCGAUCAUCAUAUAUCAAUGAUAAAAAUGAUAAAGUUUAUAUUGUUGCUACACACUUGUCACCAAUAAAAGCUAGAAGAGCUUUUCCUUGCUGGGAUGAGCCAGCAUUUAAAGCAACAUUUAAUCUUUCAAUAAAUCAUUUUCCAAAUUAUACUGCUACCUCAAAUAUGCCAGUAAAAAAUAAAUCAUUAAUUGAAAAUGAUAAAAUUUGGACAACAUUUGAAACAACACCACCAAUAUCAACUUAUAUAUUUGCAUUUGUUAUUUCAAAUUUUGAUUGUUUAAAAAAUGACAAUGCAACAUUUAAUAUUUGUGCUAGAAAAAAUAUUAUUUCUCAAAUGAAAUAUAUCAAGGAAGUUGGUGAUAAAGCAUUUCCACAUCUUGCUGAAUACACUGGGAUACCAUAUUCAUUACCGAAACUAGAUAAUUUUGCAAUUAUUGAUGCUAAAUCAAAUAUGGAAAAUUAUGGUCUCAUAAUUUAUCGUGAAUCAAAUGUUGUGAUUGAUAAUGAAACGACAUGUGCAGCUAAAGAAGCAACAGCUGAACUUGUUAUACACGAAUUGAGCCAUCAAUGGUUUGGAAACCUUGUCAGUCCAGCCUGGUGGAAAUAUCUCUGGCUCAAAGAGGGUCUUGCACGUUAUUUUCAAUUUUACAUUGGAAAUAAAGUUUAUCCAGACUGGGAUUUGAUGAAUAUGUUUGUUGUUCGUAUACUACAAACAAGUGCAUUCACAAUGGACUCAACAACUCAAUAUAAUUAUUUAAAUUGGGAACCAAAAUCACCAACAGAAAUAAAAUCACAAUUCUCAUCAAUGACAUAUCACAAAGGUGCUGUUAUCAUGCACAUGCUAAAUAAUAUAUUAUCUGAAGAAAUAUUUCAACAAGGAAUUCGUAUUUAUCUUCAAAAACAUAAAAAUGGUGUUGCAACAUCUGAUGAUUUUUGGAAAGCAAUGCAAGAAGCAUAUAAUAAAACAAAUAAAAAACCUUCAAUUUGUGUUAAAAGCCUGAUGAAACCCUGGACUGAACAAAAAGGUUAUCCAAUAAUUAAAGUCAAUAGAAAUUACACAAUUGGUACAGUUUUGAUAAAUCAAACUUGUAAUCUUUUGAGUGAACAAUUUAAUCGUUGGUGUGUUCCAAUUAAUUAUGCAACAAAAACAAAUUUAAAUUUUAAUAAAACUCAACCAAUUAAUUGGCUAAAACCUCAUGAUGUUAAUUUAAGUAUUGAUGCUAUUGAUAAGAAUGAUUGGAUUAUUUUAAAUGUCCAACAAUCUGGAUAUUAUCGAGUUGAUUAUGACUUGGAAAAUUGGAAAAAAAUAACAGAAUAUUUAAACUCUGAUAAUUACACAAAUAUUCAUGUAUUAAAUCGUGGCCAAUUAAUUAAUGAUUUGUCAUAUUUUGCACAAAAUGAUUUGAAGAAUUAUACAACAUUUUUGGAACUUACAAAAUAUUUAUCAAGAGAAAUUGAUUUAAUUCCAUGGCGACAUGCUACGAUUGCUUUUAGAUCCAUAAAACGAAAAAUUAUUGAUAAAGAAUUUCAGGAUAAUCUAAAUAAAUACGUAUUGAGUCUUAUGAAAAAAUUAUCAGCUGAAAUUGGCUAUGAGGAAAAACCAACAGAUUCAUAUAUAUUAAAGAAAAAAAGAAUUGAAUUUUUACCAUUUUUGUGUGAAUUUAAUCACACAGAGUGUAAAAAAAUUGCUGAAAAAAAAUUAUCUGCAUACAUUGAAAAUUCAACAGCUAAUCCAAUUUCACCGAAUCUUGAGUCAUGGAUAUUUUGUUCUGGAGUAUCAGCUGGUGAAAAUAAAAAUAUGCUAAGUAAAAAAAUUGAAAAUGGUGAAUACAAGUAUUUCAAAUAUUUAGGGUGUUUAAAAAAUAAAACAUAUUUACGUGAGUAUAUUGAUAAAGCACUUGUAAAUUCUACACUGCCUAAAAAUAAUACACGUAUGGCACUUGGUUUUAUUUCAAAUGAUGGCCCAGAAAAUUGGGACUAUGCUGUUGAUUAUUUCACAAAAAAUUUCGAUCAAAUAACAAAAUAUUUUAAUAACACAACUUUUACGUCUUCAACAUUGAAUGAUUAUAUCUGGCGAACUCCAUCUCGCACUCACAUGAAAAAAAUAAGUGAUUUUGUCGAUCAAAAUUAUGAUCAUCUCACACCCUGGGUUAAAACAGCAAUUCCACAGCAGUUAAAAAAAUUAGAAUGGUCACAAAAAAAUUCUCCAGUUCUAAAUGAAUGGUUGAAAAAACAAAUUGCAACAAUGGAAAUGAUAAAGGCUUCAUAAAUUAUAUAUUUAAUUUAUCAAAUUGAAUGAUAUACUUCAUUAAAUAUUAAUAAUAAUAAUAACAAUAUGAUAUUCUGUAGUUGUUUAAUGAACAAUAAAAAUAAUAUAUUUACUAUCUAAUACAAAAAAAAAAAAAACAUUGUAA